UCACAAAUGUAAUCUCAUUUGAUCCACACAACAAUCCUGUGACAGAGGGGGCUGUUAUCGCCCCCAUUUUACAGUUGAGGAAGUGGAGGCAGGCAGGGGUGCCGUGACUCGCCCAGUUUCGCCCAGCUGCUGUCCGAGACCAAUCUGAUGACCAGUUUUUUCCUGACUUCAGAUCCUAGCUGCCCCUAGAAAGCAUCUGUUGUCUUUACCAGUACGCAGGAGGGACCCAUACCACAAAAGAAGGAUAAGAACUCCAUCUGCAGAGUGAUAUGUUGUCAACUGUGACACAACAAUGUUGUCUUUGAAAAGCGAAAUACAUACAGGAAACUGUAGCAAUAAUCUAGCUCAAGGGCUUCUGAGCCAACUGGGAGAAGUAAAUUAAGGACCUUGUAAGAUCACAGAGUUCCAGAUAGAAGAGACAUUAGAGGUCAUUUAAUCCAUUCCUCUCAUUUUACAGAGGAGGAAAGAGUAGGGGAGAGAAGUUAACUGACUGGUGCAAGGUCAUCCGGCUGAUAAGUGUCUGAGGCAGGAUUUAAACCCGGGCCUCUUUAACACGAUGCUCAACACUCUAUUCACUAUACCACACUUCCUCACGCUCCCUUAGAUAAGACAAUCUCAUGUAUCAUAAAGUAUUAGACUGCAGAGACAGAGGUAGAGAAUGGCGCACGAAUGAUUAGCGUGCUAUAUUUGGAGAACAUCACAGAAACACACUUAAAGGAAAAAAUAAAGGCAGAAUCACAUUAAAGUUCAAUCCGUAGGUAUGAGCGUGGUGGUAUUGAAAAAAAAAAAAAACUCAAAUAAAACUUCUUUCGGCCCUGGUGUGCUUAACAUGUGUGGAUCUUUUGUGUUUAGAAAUAGCCACGUGCUGAUUCUUCACAUCUGCGGCGUAUGUACAUAACUGUUAGGCAUCAGGGACGCUGACUCUCUCCUAUUCUGGUUGUCUUGGUCUCAAACUUCUGGUUCAGUUGCCUCUCUGACUUACUGAAUCACUACUGCCAAAUCACUCCCCUCUCAGUGGUAUCCCUUUUCCAAACUGAUCUAUGCUAUUCCAAGUAUCGAGACAGAUAUUCCAAUAACAUCCUAUUUCUCACGAUUGUAAAAGUGAUAAAAAGUUCUGAAUUUAUCAUGCAUGCUACAUUUGUAAACCAUAACAGACCUUAGAGAUUUGUUAUUGUGUGUAUGUGCAUGCGCAAGAACAGUAGAUGCCAGAAUAUUAAUGUUAUGAGAAAAUGUCAGCCUAAAAUAACCCCAAUCACCUCUCUAUUGUAUGUGUGGAUUAUUUAUACUGCAGAAGCCCCCCCCCCUGGCCCACAGCUAAAGAGGGACCAUGGAGUAGGGAACAAUACUGAUGGGGCCUGGGCGGGAGGCCCCAAUCUACUUGGGUUAGAGGGCUGUAAAAAGCUCAAGGAAAUUGCUACCUACGUGGGUCAUCUAUAAUUUGUCACUAGCUGGACCAGCGUUACUAUGUUAAAUAUAAACCAUGAUUCCCACGUCUCCCAAGAGCCCUUGCUCUCCUAAGGCUAGGCCAGGAAGAGUACUGCGGUUCUUCUACUCUAAGAGUGAAAAAGGAAUUCUGUAAGGUUUGGAGUCCAAAGCAAACGGAGGGGGUCAGAGCUGUUGUUCACUACCCCCUGGGAAUUAACCAAGGAGGUAGAUUUCAAGUCUGCCAAAUAUUCUCUUCCAUGUGCAAUUAGCUCUGAAUCUUUUCCUAUAACUCAUCGAUUAAUCACCAAGGUCAACCAGCUAAUUCAGAAAUCUACCCUGGCUUCUUGACUAAUUAAUCUGUUGACUGAUUAAGUAAUGAGCUAUAGGGGAGCAUUUGGGGCUAACUGUUUCUAGAAGGGGAUUGUGAAAAGUGAUAGAGCUAAGGGGAGCACACUACUUAGGAAUCUCCUUGAGGUAAUAACUGUAGUACAUAGGAUACUGGACCCCCUGGAGCUGAACUAUAAAUUCAGACUUCCUUAGCCCAAAAUCAUGUACCACUUGUUUCUCUCGAUCCCAAUACAAGCCUUUAUUCAGUAUGGAAUUUUGUGGGGCAAUAUUCAUAUCUAGGGGCGAGCGAUGUGCCUUUAUUAUACACAGUGAAAAAUACGUGUAAUAUCAUUGCUCAAAAGAAGACAGUGUUCUUAUCCUCACAAAGAAAAUAAGCCACAAAGUGUUCUCAUCAGCAAACGUUGGGAGGUGGGGGAGUUCUAUGAAGAACGUAGAGAAUAACUCCUCCUGUCCCAUACAUAGAGAGCUUGGUCCAUGUGUCAUUUUAGCUAGAAAGCCUUGACAGGCCCCAAGGAAUCUUGGGUAAAGCAGUACAUCCUUGCUCUGCACCUGCUAUUUGUAUUGUGAUUAACUGCGGCACCCUUCAGCAAAAGUCAUGGCAGUCACAGGCCUUUAAAACUCUGUGGGGAACUAUCAGAGGCAGGGUCACUGUACUCUUAUGGACUUUGGCAGACACCUGUACUCAGAAAAGAAUAUGGGAAAAGAGGGAAGAAUUGCUUCAAAAGGGGAAAGAACAGAGCUUAUCACUCUCACAUUUGGAAAUCCAGAAUAUCCCUUGCACCCUGACCUCCUCUCCAGGGCAACAUCAUUUUAUAUUUCUAUUUCUGGGUCUCUAGAAAAUUGAAGACCAUCCCACUGUUACAAUAGGGUAAACUGAAUGGACUAUUUAAAUUUGAAAAGGCAGCUAAUAUAGCUACAAUAAGAUAUUCAUUUCACUCAGGGUUGAUUAUGCAUACAAUAAACUAAUCAACCUAACAGAUUUUGCUAGAGCUAUUUCUGUUCUGGAAAAAAAAAACACAUUAUUUGUCAAACCAUCAGAGAACACAAUACUUCCCAAAUAACCAGAUUGAGUAGUUGACCAAAAGCCACCAUGUAUUCUCUACAUUCUCAUUUUAUUUCUUUCCUGUUUAAGAAUCCAUCAAUCUUGAGUAAGGAUGGGAAUAUAUUGAGUCAAUCAAUCAAAUAGCCUCAUCUUUCCUAAAAUAAGUAAUUAGAUGCUAUACAUUUCUCAGGUGAGGACACAUCUUUAAUGAUCACUUGAUAGGAAUACAGAUGUGACAGUGAGUCUAUCUGGUUUUCGCUGAAGAACUUGGUCAUGCACUCUGGAAUCUCUAUGAUAUCAUUAAACUAGUUGAAAUCAGAGAAAAAUGAGAGUUCCAGCUAAACUCCUAAAAAACAAUUUCUUCCAUGGAAGCACAAAAUCUCCUCAGCUUCCUCCCUCCUCCCUCGGAUAAGAGAAGGAAUUUGUGAACUUUGAAAGAGUUGAAGGAUUUGGACUUGCCCAUUUUCCUACUGAUGCCCUUGGAUCAACCCUGGGAAAGAAGACAUUGUGGCACUGUCUUCACAAAAAAGCCAAGAACAGCCUGGAUGUGACGAGAAAAGACAAAUUCAAGGUUCGACAAGGUUCCCAGAAGAAACGUUCCGCGAGUUAGCUUCUCCUACCUAAGAGGAACGUAUCCAGGACGCCAGCAAAAGAACUUCUGUCAACUUUUACCUGUGAAUAACUGUCCAGCCUUAGGAAUGAAUUCUGAUGGAUCUGAGGAGUACUUUCAGUCCACCAAUCAUGCAGAGCAGACUAUCCGCAAAAUGGAGAGCUAUCUGCAGCAGAAACAGCUCUGUGACGUCUUCCUCAUCGUUGGACGUCACACAAUCCCAGCCCACAGACUGGUGCUGAGUGCUGCAUCAGACUAUUUUGCUGCAAUGUUUACUAAUGAUGUGCUGGAAGCCAAACAAGAGGAGGUCAAGAUGGAGGGAAUAGACCCAGAUGCACUGAAGGCUUUGGUGCACUAUGCUUAUACAGGUGUCUUAGAAUUGAAGGAAGAAACCAUAGAAAAUCUACUGUCUGCAGCCUGUAUCCUCCAACUUUCUCAAGUUAUUGAAGUAUGCUGCAACUUCCUCAUCAAGCAGCUGCAUCCCUGCAACUGCUUAGGGAUCCGCUCAUUUGGCGAUGCGCAGGGAUGUAUGUAUCUCCUGAAGGUCGCUCAUGAAUAUACAAUGGAACACUUCGUAGAGGUGAUACAGAACCAGGAAUUUCUUCUACUUCCAGCUAAUGAAAUUGCAAAACUCAUGUCUAGUGAUGACAUUAACGUGCCAGAUGAAGAAUCUAUAUUCCAUGCUUUAAUGAUAUGGGUGAAGCAUGAUUUUCAGAACAGACAACAACACCUGGGAAUGCUGCUAUCUUUAAUCAGACUGCCAUUACUUCCAGCACAGUUACUGGCUGAUCUUGAGAACAGUACCAUGUUCGUGCGUGACCUGGAGUGUCAGAAGCUCCUGAUGGAAGCUAUGAAGUAUCAUCUCUUGCCAGAGAGAAGAUCCAUGAUGCAAAGUCCUCGGACCAAGCCACGGAAAUCUACAGUUGGAGCCCUGUAUGCAGUGGGAGGCAUGGAUGCCACUAAAGGCACAACCACAAUUGAAAGAUAUGACCUUCGUACAAACAACUGGAUACAGGUCGGUACCAUGAAUGGUCGCCGGUUGCAAUUUGGAGUCGCAGUAAUUGACAACAAACUCUACAUUGUGGGUGGAAGAGAUGGUCUAAAAACCUUGAAUACCGUGGAAUGUUUUAAUCCCGUGGCCAAAAUCUGGUCAGUCAUGCCUCCUAUGUCAACUCAUAGACACGGUCUGGGGGUGGCCAUGCUUGAAGGACCGAUGUAUGCUGUUGGUGGCCAUGACGGAUGGAGUUAUCUUAAUACUGUAGAAAGAUGGGACCCUCAAGCACGGCAGUGGAAUUAUGUUGCUAGCAUGUCAACUCCUCGGAGCACAGUGGGUGUCGCAGCGUUGAACAGCAAAUUAUAUGCUGUUGGUGGACGCGAUGGAAGCUCCUGUUUAAAGUCUAUGGAGUGUUUUGACCCUCACACCAAUAAAUGGAGUAUUUGUGCAUCGAUGUCAAAGAGGCGGGGCGGCGUUGGGGUUGCUACGUACAAUGGAUUGUUAUAUGUUGUUGGAGGCCAUGAUGCCCCUGCAUCCAGCCACUGCUCCAGGCUUUCUGAUUCUGUGGAAAGAUAUGACCCGAAGACAGACACAUGGACAACGGUAGCACCUUUAAGUGUCCCUCGUGAUGCUGUCGGAAUCUGUCCUCUUGGAGAUCGCCUGUAUGCUGUAGGAGGAUAUGAUGGACAUUCGUAUUUGAACACAGUCGAGUCCUAUGAUACACAAAAUAAUGAAUGGACAGAGGAAGUUCCUGUUAACAUCGGAAGAGCUGGAGCAUGUGUUGUGGUUGUAAAACUGCCCUGAUGAGAUCCAGCAAAUUUAAAAAGCAAACCAAAUUCCCAGCCCAUGAACCAGUGCAGGAGGAGAAGAAGAAACCAAACACAUUUGAAAUAGCACCUGUACUUGUUUGGAGCUAGUUACUGAAUGGCCAAAUCAUAUCGGAUUUGGUAUAGAGUUUCUUUAUUUUCUGAGCAGAAAUUACACAUGACAGCCAUCUACAAAUGUUGUCAUA